AUGAAAAUCCAGCGAGUUGUAUCCGUUGUUACUGGAAUUCUGGAAGCACUGUGCUUUGACGGAGUAAUUUUUGGUUGGGCAUCACUGAGCUAUGUUUUGGAAAAGGAAGGCUACUUCGGGCAAUCAUGCAUGAAUGAAAUUAACAACGGUAAUGGUUCGGAUUUCGUGACAAGUACCUUCGGUUACUUUAACGCGACGACUGCCGUCCCGGAAGGAAUAGGAACAUGUAGCAAACAAAAGGAAGACCUGAGUCUUGUUUUUACUAUUUCUUCAACUAUGCAAGUCUACAUAGGUUUGGUAAACGGUAUAGUUAUGGACACAUAUGGUACAUGGAUUGCGAGAACGGCUAACGUAACUUUGUUCUUAAUCGGUUGCUUUCUCACUGCUGCCUCUAGCGCCGAUACUUCUUGGUACCUUUAUAUUUCUAUGGCGAUGAUAUCAGUAGGCGGAUUUAACCUUCAUAUCUGUAACAUGCAGACCGGUAAUCUGUUUCCAAAGGCCAAAGCUACCAUAAUUACAUUUAUAAACGGUGCUUUUGAUUCAGCCGCUUCGGUUCUCUUACUGUUUAAGCUGCUUUACGAUCUCGGAAUACAAAUGAACGUUUGUUUCUUUGUUCUUGGCGCAUUUUCGGUGCUUCUUUAUGUAAGAACAUUUCUUUUGCUGCCACGUCGUACGUUGCCUGUCCUAACCGAUGAUUCGAACCUUAAGUUUGGCUACAAUGAGUUACCAUGUUGCGCCAAAACUACGGAUACGGAAGUCAAUACCGAAGAAGAAACUGACGACAAAUCAAUGGACGUUUCCGAAACAAAAACGGUCAAAGCUUGUGUUCUGUCUGUCUUGUUUUGGUCGAAUCUAAUGCACUUGGUGAUAAAUCAGUUCCGAAAAAGCUUCUUUAUUAGUAGUUUUACUUCUUUUAUUGACAGUCUUGUUGAGAUACAUGGUGGCAAUGCUAACACCUAUAUUGACGUUUUUGGCAUUCUGCAGUUUCUUGGCGUUUUUCUAGCCCCAUUGAACGGCGUAUUAAUCGAUACUGUGAAGCGGCGAUUCACUCGAAAAAUGCCGAAAGAAAUUGCCACCCUUUACGCAGUUGCUUUUUCUGCAGCAGCGACCAGCAUUUUCUCAACAAUAUAUUCCAUCACCUCUGUAAUUCCGGUGCUGGAACUUCAGUAUUUCACGUUUGUAAUUUACGUCCUUGGUCGCGCGUUUUUAUACGGUGGUAACUCAGCCUUUAUAAGUCUGGUUUUUCCUGCCGUCCAUUUUGGCAAGAUCUAUGGUCUCUCGAUGGCAAUCGGCGGACUAUUUCAGCUGUUGCAGUAUCCGGUCUUCAUCUUGGUUUCUCGGGUGUUUAACAACGAUUUUACGGUCAUCAAUGCAGUUUUGUGUGGCCUCUGUGCCAUUUCAAUAAUUCAUCCCAUCAAUAUAUACGUUAGGGCGCGAAAAAUGCUGAAAACUUAUAAAAAAGAAGACAAUCUAUUAAAUACCGCGGAUUCUGCUGCUGUGGAGACAACUGACGUAAUUAAAAUCGAGUUAUCAACCAAGAACAACAUGAAAACAACAAAUGUGUGA